CACUUCACACUCUCUCUCUCUAUCUAAAACGUAGGAACAUACUAAGUUGUUUUUCGAGAAAACUAAGGAUGAUUCUGGACAAGAUUGUGGAUGCUAUCACCGGAAAACAUGGUGCCGUCGAGGAGAAGCCGAAGAUCAAAGGAACGGUGGUGUUGAUGAAGAAGAAUGCUUUGGACCUGAAGGACAUUGGUGCUUCUGUCCUCGACACUGUCCAUGAAUUGGUCGGCCAGAAGGUCACCUUUGAACUCAUCAGUGCCGUAAAUGCUGAUCCUGAAAACGGUUUACAAGGGAAACGGGGCAAGGUGGCGUACCUUGAUAACUGGAGCAAGCCAACGCCGUUAGCGGCGGGCGAGAGCGCGUACGACGUAACAUUCGAAUGGGACGAGAGCAUCGGCGUUCCAGGGGCGUUCGUGAUCAAGAACAAUCACCACAGCGAGUUCUAUCUCAAGACCCUCACCCUGGAAGACGUCCCCAAUCACGGCCCCGUCCAGUUCGUCUGCUUUUCUUGGGUUUAUCCCGCCGGUAACUACAACUACGAGCGCGUUUUCUUCACCAACCAGGCGUACCUCCCCAGCCAGACGCCGGGGCCGCUCCUCCCGUUCAGGGAAGCGGAGCUGAAGAACUUGAGAGGAGACGGCACCGGGGAGCGCAAGGAAUGGGACAGGGUUUAUGACUAUGAUUACUACAAUGACUUGGGUGAUCCCGACAAUGACAAGCCUCGCCCCAUCCUCGGAGGAAAUUCGGAAUACCCUUAUCCUCGUCGCGGUAGAACCGGCCGGAAAAUGACAAAAACAGAUCCUCACUACGAAAGCAGACUUUCAUUCCUUGCGGGGAUAGACAUAUAUGUGCCAAGGGACGAGAAAUUCGGGCAUCUCAAAUUUUCUGAUUUUCUGGGCUACGCAUUGAAGUCCCUUGGACAGUUCAUUCUCCCAGAGCUGAUUUCCCUGUUUGAUAAAACGCCUAAUGAGUUUGAUUCAUUCGACGAUGUGAAUGCCCUCUACGAGGGAGGCCUAUCGCAUGGCCCAAUUCUUGAGCACAUCCAGAAGAACACUCCUUUGGAGAUGAUCAAAGAACUCCUCCGAAGCGAUGGCGAAAAAAUGUUCAAAUUCCCAACCCCACAAGUUAUUGCAGAGAACAAGACUGCCUGGAGAACCGACGAGGAAUUCGCCAGAGAAAUGUUGGCCGGAGUGAACCCUGUCAGCAUUAGUCGCCUCCAAAUGUUCCCACAAAAAAGCACCCUUGACCCCAAUGUCUAUGGAGACCAUACCUGCACUAUAACCAGAGAAGACAUUGCAGAUAAGUUGGAUGGACUAACUGUUGAGCAGGCCAUUGAGAGCAAGAGGUUAUUCAUCCUGGAUCACCACGACGCGAUAAUGCUAUAUGCAAGGCGGAUAAAUGACAACACGGACAGGAAAAUCUAUGCUGCAAGGACUUUGCUCUUCUUGCUCAAGGAUGGCACUUUGAGGCCGAUAGCUAUCGAGCUCAGCAGGCCCCAUCCCGAUGGCGAUAAAUUUGGUUGCAUUAGCCAAGUCUACACUCCAGCUGAAGAGGGAAUUAAGGCUACAAUCUGGCAACUGGCUAAAGCCUAUGCAGCAGUCAAUGACUCUGGAGUUCACCAACUGAUCAGCCAUUGGUUGAAUACUCAUGCUGUGAUUGAGCCAAUUAUAAUUGCAACAAAUCGGCAGCUAAGCUUUCUCCACCCGAUUUACAAGCUCCUGGACCCCCAUUUCCGUGACACAAUGCAUAUCAAUGCUUUGGGGCGACAGCUCCUCACUAGCGCUGAUGGAGUUAUUGAGCAGACAUGCCUUCCCGGAAAAUAUGCAAUGGAAAUGUCUGCUGUUGUGUAUAAGAGCUGGGUUUUCCCAGAACAUGCACUUCCUAAUGACCUCCUUAAAAGAGGAAUGGCUGUGGAGGACUCGAGUUCACCAUCCGGUGUACGCUUAGUGAUUGAAGAUUACCCAUAUGCGGUUGAUGGGCUUGAAAUAUGGACAGCAAUCAAGAGCUGGGUCUCUGACUACUGCAACUUCUACUACAAGGAUGACUCCACGGUUUUGAACGACAAAGAGCUACAAGCCUGGUGGACCGAAACUGUACAGAAGGGGCACGAGGACAAGAAAGACGAGCCCUGGUGGCCUAAAAUGACCUCUCGCCAGGUCCUAAUCGAGACCUGCACAACCAUCAUCUGGAUCUCAUCAGCCCUCCACGCCGCCGUCAAUUUCGGCCAAUAUUCCUACGCAGGCUACAACCCCUGUCGCCCAACGCUGAGCCGCAGGUUCAUGCCGGAGCCCGGGACGCCCGAGUACGCGGAACUGGAAACCAACCCGGAUAAGGCGUUCCUGGAAACCAUCACUGCCCAGUUCCAAACCCUGCUGGGGAUUUCCCUGAUUGAGAUCCUGUCCAGGCACGCAUCCGAUGAGAUUUACCUUGGGCAAAGAGAGCACCCUGAGUGGACCAGUGACAAACACGUGUUGGACGCGUUUGAGAGAUUUGGGAAGAAACUGGCCGCCAUUGAGGACCGUAUACUUGCCAUGAAUGAUGAUCAGAAGUGGAGGAACAGGACCGGGCCUGUUCAGGUCCCGUAUACUUUGCUAUUCCCUACAAGUGAAGGAGGGCUCACCGGAAGAGGAAUUCCUAACAGCAUCUCUAUAUAAUUCUUUCUUUCCAAAUAUCUAUGCUCUUAAUCUUUGUAUUCCAAUAAAUUGUAUGUUUAAUUCUGCAUAUUUCUUGCUUUCCUUUUUCCUGCAAUGUACUUCAUCAUCAUUAUAAUAAAAAGAGGCUUUCCUUCCAAAA